CACGUUUCUUGCCGCGGUGCACGGACUUUGUUCGCGAUGGUGCGCGGUGACAUACAGCAACGUUAAUAUUUCGACACUUAACCCCUUGCGCUCGAGUCAUUUUUCUAUAGAAUCAAAUCCGGUCCAUUUUUAUAACGUGAAACCAAAAGCUCUACUUCGAAGAAAAACAUCUACGAACGUUCAUGACUCGAUGUCGUCAUUAUUUCAAUGAAUAAUUAGCUGUAUUCUGAUGUAAGCGAAUUUGAAAUUGUACGUUCACAAAAUCACUUUUAACACGUUGAACGCCGCGUCACCCACAUACGGGUGACGGAGCUUUUCACUAAGGAACUUCAACAAAUGAUUUCAAGAACUAAGUGCUGAUGGAAACUGAUCUGGAUAGAAUUCGUAAAUUUUGAUGAGAAUACUAAAGCGAGUAAUACGACAAAUGUUAGAUUCUACGGUUUCUAAUUGUCUCGAGACAAAAUUUUCGUUCUGUAAACAUUUCCAUGUGAAUCCAUGGCAGCCAACGCGUUAAAUCACAUAUGUCGCCCUAGAGGCGCCACUCGAGCGCAAAGGGUUAAGUUAAUACGGAAGAAGCAAAUCGAUGUACCACUAUAGUUAGACCCAAUCAAAACCUGUUCGUCCUUGAUUCGUUACUCGAAAUGGUUCGUCUAGCUAAGAAUUCCAACUAAGAAUUUUGCCCAUCCGCGAUGAACUCGGUGAAAAAGUCCGAUAGUGUGCAAGUGCGAAGGAGUAUUAGCAACCGUGUAUAGUAAGAACGUGAUGUAAUUGGUGCAGUUUCUAACCUAGUCGUUGAUCGUUUCGGUGCUCAUGGAUCAUUUAAUUUCACGAAGAAAAGAACCGCCAGAAUAUACGGAAGUCGGUGUCGCAACGACGCUUUCAGAGAACCAAGAUUUACGCAACUCUUCGACGCGACGAAAGGACUUGCUUCAAACGCGACACGUUUGACGUCGUCGAAGCCAAUUAAUGCCGUCCAAUUAACACCGUAUAGGUCCCGUUAACGUGCUUGCAAACGAAUCCCCCGUCUCGUUACUCUCGAAAACCAUGACUCUAUUUUCGCCACGCGUAUUCCUGCACGUGUUCGCACCGUAUCUUUACACGAAUUCGUUUAAAAGGAUUUCGACGGAUUCGAUUGCUCUGAAAAUCUAGUUAACGAACAGCGACAACCACGUGUAUCGUUGACGUAGACAUACGCUCACGUUGGAUGUUAAAUCAAGCAAACUGCCUCUGUCCCGUACAAUAAUUCCGUAUCCACGUGUCGAACGGAUUAUACCUGUUAAGUGGAUACUCGGCUCGGCGAGAUAGCGAGGGAAAGAAGUUUAAAAUUAUCGCACGGCAAGAAUAGAUUACGCUGCCAUUGUGUUUUACAUCAUCGAUGGGAAUUAAAAUUCCGUGAACCACGUUGCUCCAUUGACGAGGAACGUUGGAAAGAUUCUCGCGGCGAGGCUGAGUAGCUAGUGGAACGUAGGAAAGCUAAACGGGGCUACGGUUGAAAUAGAAAAAUCUCCAAGAAGAGUGUUUGAUUCGAGAAGAAAGAAGGUCAAUCUGACUUGGAAGGAUUCGUUGAGCAUCGAUAGUUGAACUUCGUCAUUUAUUAGACCAGUUCUUUUUUGGCAGAGACAUGCUUCAUUCGGUGCAAUAAUUAUCCAAGUAAGAAAUAGAAGGAAAUAAUCAAAAAGUCUCGAGGACCUAACAAAAUCGUCCAAAUCAAGAAAUAACUUGGUCAAAGGGAAUCGGCCAAUUCUCUAUUUAAGGGAGUCAUCCCGUUGUGACGACCGUUUUUUUUAUAAGAUUUUUCGGAAUUUUUUUUAUAGCGAAAUGGAAAAACACAGAGCUUUCAAAUUUUUACUAUAUAUUUAUUCAGCCUUUAACUGUAACUUUGAAUUUUUUUUAAGCAAAAAUGUAACGUGGAUCACGAGAUUUAUCCCUCGUAUGUAAGAAAAAGAUAGGCGAACGGCGUCCAUGAUUUCGGCAGACUGGCUAAUCUGAAAUAAAAAAAAAAAACAAAUUGCAUGUUAAUCUAAAGGUGGAUGGCUAUCGCUCGAACUAGAAUUUUUUAAAAAUAUUGUACCGUUCUUCUUUGUUAUCAUAAAUAAUUUUUAAUGCUUAAAAGCAUAUAAAAAAAAUUGAAUUUUCAAGAUUUUUAAAAAAUCCUGGUUCCGAGGUUCUAGUGCGUGUAAUAAUUAAUCAAGUGGAAAAUAAAAUCAACUAAUGAGAAAUUAUUCUGUACAAGAGUGUUCCAGUCCAAAGAAUUGAACGAAAUCGUUCGAGUCUAGAAGUACCUCAGCCGAAGAAAAUGUGUCGAAUCGGUAUUUAACACGAUUGUUUAUUCGACCAGUUCGACGCCAACAAGUAGUCGGAAACAGUGAAAAGCCAGUAUCUAAAACUUAGCAUUCCAAGUCUGGACUAAUCGGAUAUCAAGAAUGGUUAAACCCACAUUGUCGAGCACAAUUAUUUAUUGGACCAGUUGAUCGUCGGCGAACACCUAAUCCAGCGCAAAUAGUAAGCAAACGAGCGCGAUAACGCGAGAAUUACUGGGAUCGUUGCAUCAACCGCGAGGAAUGCAAGCGCCGAGGAUGAAUAAACGAGAAAGUAUCUCGAUGUCGAUAAAAAUUUCAGCACGAUUCUUGGCGAAACAAAAAGGCUCUUCCCUGAGAGAUGACUGUAGCGGAGUGUGCGCGAGAUAGACUCGAAUACAGAGAGAGCCGUGAAUGAGGGGCGAGGAACGUUGCUGCCGAUCUCAACUGGAAUAAAAAUACAGGUAGUGAGUGGGUGGAACGAUAAUCAUUGAGGAACAAUGUCGUGCAGGAGGAAGAUAGACUCGAAACUCUGGCUGGACUACACCCAAGCGAUGGAAACCGAGGUGCGGACGCUAAAGCAAGAGCUGGUUCGCACCCAGGAGGCCCUGAAGACAGCCACGAAGCGAUGCCGCGACCUGGUGAAGGAGUUGGACAACCGCACCACGGGUCACGAGUCCGAGAGGACGCUCCGGGAUCAGCAACUCUCGCGGAUCCUUCGCGCCCUGUUGGUCUUGGAGGCGCGGCUCAAGCAGGAGCAAAAGUCGAUCAGGCAACUGCUAUGCGAGAAGGACAACGUCAUCAGGAACCAGCAGCUGGAAAUCGCCAGGCUUAGGCGUUACACCAAAAACUACAUCAAAUGCAAGCGCGAGCAGACGCUUAUCUCAGCCUCGAUGAAGAUAGAAACGACGAGCAACAUCGAGGAGUGCGAUCUGCAAGCGUCCAGCAUCGAAGUGGACUCCAAGCAGGAUAGCGGUAUCAGCAAGGACAUUCAGAACUUAAAAUGCGAGAUAAUCACGAAGCUGAGCCCGUCCGUAGUGCUGGAAGACUUGGACAGAGGCGUUAAGAAGACUCACAGCUUCGCUGGCAGCGAUAUCUCAAAAACGAGUUUAACGAGUAGCGAGAACACGGACGUGUCUAUUAUCACGACCACCACGGAGGGCAGCCCUUCGUUGCUCAGUACGGAGGGUUUCUGUGAAGGCGAGAGCACGGACGUGUCGCCUGGCUCGACGCUGAACAAAUCCAGCAGGUAUACACCGACGAUGGUUACCGACAGCGAGAACGAGACGACGAUGAUCUACGACGACAACGACGACGAAACUACGAUCACGGAGAGCUGUACCAAGUUGGCUAAAAAGAGGAUAGGAGUCGGUAGGUCGAAGACGCAGAAGGCUUGCAAAACCAAGGAGACGAUCGAAGCCAUGAGCAUCGCGAGGACGGAGAGCAAGGACGACGGGAUGGACUGUAAUUUCGCCUCGGAGGACGAGGAAAAGGAGCAAGAACCUAUUUACGUUAACGCUUGCAACGAGACCAUUUCUAGGAACACGGAGCACGCGGGAAACACCAUACCGGAAACGUCGAAAACGAAUGAAGAUUAUAGUAACGAUAAUAGUACCAACGAUAACGGCAGUAACAACAAUAACGACAGCACUGUAUCUCCAAAAAUGGAAAUGGAGGAGGAACAGACCAUGGAAGAGACCAGUGGGAACUGGUACAGUGACCCAGACGAGGAUAGGAUCAACGACGACGUUUUCAGGCACAGCACGUAUCGACCAAACAGUAACCACAACUCCGUUUUAGAAUGUGUGAACCAGAUCCUUCUGAGAGACAUGGAGGAGGAGGAAAACAUUAUGUCGGUACCUAGGAGGUUUAAACACCGAGGAAGAAUCGUUCGGUUUCAACCAGCAAGGUUAUCCGACAUCGAGUCGGUGGGUUCUGAAAUGGAAAGGAAGAACUCUGAAGAAGCCAUUACAGAAAAGGAAGUAUCUAACAAUGACUUCAACGAUGUCCCUGCCAGCAGCUUCGAGCCCACUGCUACAGAGGACGAGUUCGGAAUGAGUCUCGCUCAAACAGUCCCCUUGACUAUUGCAAAUAAAAUCAGCAAUCACGAGUCAAGCCUCGAGGAAUCAGAGGAGUCGAAAGCCAUUCCUAUUGUUAUUAUAGAGCCAAAGGUCGAAGUAAAGGAAACCAGGCACGCGACAUUCCCCUCGCCGCAGACUUCACAGAAGACAAAGACCUCAAUCAAUGCAACAAAUCCUCCUUUGAAGCUAGAAAGAAUCGAAGAGAAAACCUGUCUGCAAAUGUCUACGAAGGGAUUGACCAUAGCCAAGAACCUCGACUACGAGGACAUAGAAUCACUUCCUGAGAUAAUAUCACCACCUCCCAAAACGCCUCCAGCGUUACCGCCUAAGCCGCAAUUCAAAAAUAACACGUUGAUCUUGAAGAAGAUCCCUAGUCCCUCGUUCCUGAUCGACGAAACGCGCAAGAAGCAGCCCUUGCUCGAGUCCAGUUCCUCCGAGCACGGCAAGAAGAUUUUCGGCUUUAUAUCCUCCCCGUUGAAGUCUGCAGGCAUCAAUGUGACGUCGGCUAGAAGCCUGAACUUCGAAGAAGCCAUUAACAAAGUCACGGGAAUCAAUGAAGAGGGGAACUUCUGGAGGAACAGGUUCAACAAUGUUCGUUCCUCCUUCCGAACGCGACAAAAUCACGAGACCGGUGGUGAACAAACGAAGAAGAUACCCAGGGUCACGAACAUCGUUCGUCACUUCGAGGAGUUCAAGAUUGGUGGUGAGACAGAGGAUCCAGCGAAGGAAAGAAGCAAAACGAAGGAGAAGCAUGUUCAUCCAGAGUUCGACCAGGAGUUUGAUAUCAGACAGAACUUUGAAGAAUUUAAUCUGGACGAAUGCAAUCUGUCAGAUGAUCCUGACAGACCAGAGGGCGACGGUUCGGAGAGACUUGGCAAUCUUGUCGCUACGGUUAGUCAGAACGAGAAAACUGCCGCAACCAAAGACAAUAAUAAUGUUCCUCUUGCUGCGACUAAUUCGAGCAGCGGUUACGAUCACUUCCUGGAAGCAACGGGUCUUAGCAAUAAAUCCAUCCUAACGCCUUCGAGGUUGUUGAGUAAUCACAAAAGUAUGCUGAAACCGAAAGACGUGAAGUAUAAGAAUAAGAUUAAAGCGACCGCGGUGUUGGAGAAGCACGGUGUAUCUACGACUAAUAAUACCACUCAUGUCAGACAUUGGACUGGGCCGUUUGUCUGACGACUGGCCCAUGUUUUGCCAACCAACCUGUUCCGACAAGAAACUUGUGACAAAGAGUGAUAAUUUUCCAGUAUAGUGAGUCUGAAAUAUAUCCGUACUCCUUCGAUCACUGGCCAGAUUGUUGAUGUCAUUUUAGGGUAAAUGCUAUAGGAUCCUUAUGUAUAAAAAUAUACACUGUUUGAAACUUGAAGAAAUUUUAUUUUAAAUCAUUUUUUCAAUCUUGUAUUUUCCGUGAUUCUAAAUUACCAAAGUAACUUCAUUAUUUAAUAUAAUGGUUAUUAAUCCAUGAACAUAUAAAUAACCAAAAAAUAAUUUGAUAAUUUUCUUUUUCAAAGGUAAUGUUCCAUAACAUUUUGUUCUAAAAGUACAUCAAUUGUUUGAAAUCAGCAAUUGAAGCAGAAUGCAUACUCCUGUAACUAGCUGUAGCUGCUCUUGUGUAUUCUUAAAGAUCAAUGUAAACAAACAAGAAUUAAUGACUGUGAAUAUUCAAACUGUGAUUUCGACACAGUUCAUCGUAAAACACGUUUCGAGUGUAAGAUAUAAUGUAAUGUAAAUUAUUAUCGAUAAUCCCUUUUUAAUGUAAUGCUUUUUCACAUUUUUUGUUUUUUGCAAAAAAAGUGGGAAAACAUAGGAAUUAAUUUAUUUAUAACAGCUUCAACAUAAGGAGUGUUUCGUGUUGUAUAUUUUAAUAAAAUAUUUCAUACAUA